GAAGACUUCAAAAAAGCCCAAAAAAACACCAGGGUCUCCCUUCUCGUGCAAGCUGCGGCGUAACCCUUUUCGGCACCAUCUCUGCCUCCGUCGCAGAGUUUGCUCCGCCCUCUUCGUCCGGUUUUCGUUCUCGCCCACAGGAUUUGGAUAGUGUGAUGGCCAAGAAGGCGAACAAAGCGAUGAACAAGAGUUUGAAAAGGGUCACUGCUAUUAAUAAACCAUCUGAGGGUCCUGAUUUUUUGCCUUUGGAAGGUGGUCCUGCUCGUAAACUUCCUGAACAGAAACCGUUGGAGAAUAAGGGCAGGGUCUUGUAUGUUGGUCGGAUUCCGCAUGGGUUCUAUGAGAAGGAGAUUGAAGGUUAUUUUGGACAAUUUGGAACCAUCAAGAGAUUGAGAAUUGCCAGAAACAAAACGACUGGAAAAUCAAGACAUUUUGGGUUCAUAGAAUUCGAAUCUCCUGAGGUAGCAAAAAUUGUAGCUGAUACUAUGCACAAUUAUCUACUAUUUGAACACCUUCUCCAGGUUCAUGUGAUACCUCCAGAGCAUGUUCAUUCAAUGUUAUGGAGAGGAUUCAAUUACCGUUACAAGCCAUUGGACUCGGUCCAAAUGCAGCGGGAGCGACAUGACAAGGAAAAAACAUUGGAAGAGCACAGGAAGUUGGUCGAAAAGAUUUUGAGCCGUGAUAAAAAACGACGUAAAAGUAUAGUGGCUGCUGGCAUUGAUUAUGAAUGCCCUGAGAUUGUGGGUAACAUCCAGCCUGCUCCAAAGAAAUUGAAGUUUGAAGACUGAGAGACUACUGUUUUAGAAGUAUUAGCAAUGACUUGCAAGGUUUAGUGAUGUUUUAUUCUUGUGCCAAGUGUCUACCUAACUAGCAAAUCAUGUUAUGGCCUCAGUAUUUUCUCUACCACAGAUUCCUAAUAGAUCUUAUUGAAGAAAACUAAGAAACCAGAUAUUUUAAUUAGUCUUCAUUUUUUCCUGAA